AUGGAGUCUUCAGUGAAAAGCGGUGUGUGUAUAAACAAAGUGUGGGUUCAGUGUGAGAAUGAGACUUGUUUGAAAUGGAGGCUGUUGUCAAAUGAGGAUGUCUCCAGAGUUGACCACAGUGCACCUUGGUUCUGCUUCAUGAACAGUGAUCCCCGGUGUAACAGGUGCUCCGCUCCUGAAGAAGACUUUCCUGAAGAAUCUCAGCUUCAUCAGAGUGGACUGAAGAUCGUCUAUUCACAGCUGCCCCUGGGAAGCCUGGUUUUGGUAAAAUUAGUUAGGUGGCCAAGCUGGCCAGGGAUACUUUGCCUGGAUCCCUUUAAAGGAAAAUAUGUGAACUAUGACUUAGAUGGAAAUGUUGAAGAGUACCACAUUGAAUUCUUGGGUGAGCCUCAUUCAAGAUCAUGGAUGAAUGCGACAUUUGUUGGACAUUAUAGUAUCACACUAAAGCCAGAAAACUGUAAGACUAGGAAGAAGUGGUAUAAAAGUGCGCUACAGGAAGCGUCCCUGCUCUGUGGAUCCUCUCACGAGCAAAGGCUGGAGCAGUGCUACCUCUCGAAACAGGAUAAACCCAAAGCUGAUACCAAAGUUCCUGCGAUCAUCAAGAAAAGGAUGCAACGUUCCAAAACUAAUAUUGAAAAGGAAAAACUCAAAUUUAGUAAAAGGAAACGGAAAGCUGUUUUAAAAUGUUCUUAUGAAGACUUUUGUGCAGAUGAUGCCUUAUCCAAGGAGAACAAGGUUGUCUCUGAGACAGAAAUGCUGCUCCAGGAGCUGGAGCAAAUGCUACAGCAAGCCCUUGAGCCCACAGCGACCCCUGCUGAAUCCAGAGAAGAACUUGGGGAGGAAACAAAUCCAGGAGGAAAGUUCUCUAGCCUGGAAGCUCCUGCAAGCAGUCCAGUCGAGAACAACUGUGAAGAGGACUAUCUUGUCAUUGAUGGAGUGAAAUUAAAAGCUGGAGAGUGCAUUGCAAAUAUAACUAACAAAUUUGAAGAAAUAGAUGCAUUGAUGUCUGAAUUUUAA